AUGUCACCCCGGAAAUACAACCUCGAGACAGAGCUUGUUCUCAGCAAAAGUACGGACCAGUACAAUGCGUCGGUGGCGCCGCUAUACCAAUCGGCCACUUUCAAGCAACCUUCGCUUUCGAAUAUGGGUGAAUACGACUAUACUCGAUCCGGCAACCCAACUAGAACCCAUUUACAGAACCAUAUAGCCAAGAUUAUGAGAGCAAACCAUGCGUUUGCGGUGACCAGCGGAAUGGGAUGCCUUGAUGUCAUUACCAGAUUAUUGAGUCCUGGCGACGAGGUCAUUGCAGGUGAUGAUUUGUAUGGAGGAACCCAUCGAUUGCUCACAUAUUUGAACAAUAAAGGUGACUUGAAAGUUCACCACUAUGACACGACAAACACAGAAUUGCUUGUAUCGAAAAUACACUCGGGUACCAAGAUGAUUUUUUUAGAAAGUCCAACCAAUCCUCUCAUCAAGGUGUGUGAUGUUCGCACCAUCACCAGAGAAGCACAUAAAAUCAACCCUGAUAUAGUGGUUGUUUUCGAUAAUACCAUGAUGUCGCCUGUGCUUAUGACUCCAUUGGAUUUCGGUGUUGAUAUCCAAUACGAAUCGGCUACCAAAUACCUUAAUGGACACCAUGAUAUCAUGGCGGGAGUUUUAGCCACCAGAAGCGCAGCUUUGGCGGAAAAGAUAUACUAUGUGAUCAAUUCCACCGGUUGUGGAUUGUCUCCAUUUGACUCGUGGCUCUUGUCCCGAGGCUUGAGAACAUUGGCCGUUAGAGUCGAACGUCAGCAACAGAACUGUGUAAGAAUCGCCGAGUUUUUGGCCAAUAUUGGGUUCAAGGUUCGUUACCCAGGUAUAAAAUCGCACCCUCAGUACGACUUGCACGCCAGUAUGUGCAAAGGAGCAGGUGCAGUGCUAAGUUUCGAGACUGGUAGCAUUAAAGUGUCAGAAAAGAUAGUGGAGAGCACCGAAAUUUUUGGGAUUGCCGUGUCCUUUGGUUGUGUCAAUUCGCUCAUAUCGAUGCCAUGUAAGAUGUCUCACGCAUCCAUCGAUGCCAAAACAAGAGAAGAGCGGGACUUUCCCGAAGACUUGAUCCGAUUGUGUAUCGGAAUCGAAAACUGUGAUGAUCUCAUCGAUGACCUUACCCGUGCAUUAUUGCGGAGUGGAGCGGUCAAGCUUAAUGAAAGAGACGAAUUGUUCAACGCCGUGAGCGUGCAGUCGAAGUUGUAG